AUGGAUGGUAAGGCGAAGGGCAGCGUGCUAAGUGAAGAAGAUGAUGACCAGAGAGAGUUGAGACGGGGUCCAUGGACUGCUGAAGAAGAUCUAAAGCUCCUCAAUUACAUUGCUACCCAUGGUGAAGGUCGAUGGAAUUCUCUUGCUCUUUACGCAGGUCUCAGACGAACCGGGAAAUGCUAUAGAUUGAGAUGGUUAAAUUAUCUUUGCCCCGAUGUUCGACGCAGGAACAUCACGCCCGAAGAACAGUUUCUAAUUCUCGAACUUCACUCUCUAUGGAGAAACCGAUUGUCAAAGAUUGCUCAACACUUGCCUAUGGAUACUAAUUCAAGGAUACCAUGCGUCGCCUAUGGAUGCCGAGCACCGCAGCCUCGUCAGAGACUCGAGUUUCAUCGGAUUAUUAUGUCAACAUCUCGGUUAACGAAUCCGGACUACUUUCAUCAUCAGUGUUCAUCCUUUAUAAGUCCCUCUAGUAAUUACUACAACGCUGGGGUGGAUUUCCAACCACGGUUAGAUGGAGCUGAUGUUGCAUCAGAUAUUCUCUUGAACUCUGAUGAUUCUUUGUUCUCACAGCAGCAGUCCAACUUCCACAUGUGA